UUUUUGAAAAUGUAUUUCAAUUAUUACUAAAUGAUCCUAAAUGAUAAGGGGGCGUGUCUGAAUUUUUAAACAGGAAGUAAACAAACUGCGACCACGUGAAUCACGAUUUUAUCACAGUUUGCAGCGACCAACUGAACAUUGACAAUGGCUAUCCCUGAAAGAUGUAUUGAAAAUUAUAAAUACAUAUUCCAGAAAGAUUUAUUAAGAGGGAAGGUUGCAUUUGUCACUGGUGGAGCUUCAGGAAUAUGUUUUACCAUUGCUGAGGUUCUUAUGAGACAUGGUUGUGAUACUGUCAUAGUAAGUAGACGUCAAGACAAACUGAAGCAGUCAGCUGAUUUAUUGACGAAAGCCACAGGGAGGAGAUGUGUUCCGAUACAGAUGGAUGUUAGAAAGCCAGAACAGAUUAUUAAGGCUGUGGAUGAUGCUUUAGCACAGAUGGGAAGAAUUGAUAUUUUGAUUAAUGGUGCUGCUGGAAACUUUCUUGCACCUGCAGCCUCACUCUCAUUCAAUGCAUUUAAAACUGUGAUGGAAAUAGAUGCUCACGGUACAUUUAAUGUCAGCAAAGUUGUGUAUGAAAAGUAUUUCAAGGACCAUGGAGGUAUGAUAGUCAAUAUAACAGCCACACUACAAAUGAGGGGAACAGCUUUGCAGACACAUGCCGGAUCUGCUAAGGCUGCUAUUGAGGCAAUGACAAAACAUUUAGCAGUAGAAUGGGGACCAGACAGAGUUCGAGUAAUGUGUGUUGCUCCUGGGCCAAUAGGUGAUACAGAGGGCAUGAAUAGACUAGGUGGAAAACAUUUAACUGAUAAUAUAGUAAAAUUAAUACCAAUACAACGUAUAGGAACCAAGCAAGAUAUAGGAGAUACAGUACUGUAUGUGGUGAGCAAUGCUGCCCAGCUACUCACGGGGACAACAAUAAUAGCUGAUGGUGGAAAUUGUUUAACUGAUGAUAAUAACUUUAUUGCUAGAAGGGCAAUGCUUCAAAAAUUUUCUAAAUUGUGAUAAGUUACUUUACUGCUAUGAACAGUAUUUAAAAAGUACAAAAUGCAUGAUCAAAUAAUUGCCUUUGAUUUAUUUAAAAUAAAAUGUACUAAUGUACUUGAAAAUUAUGGACAGACAAUACAUUGAUUCAUGAAAAUAUUUGUGAAUAAAACAAUUUUUGCAGUAUAUACAUCUAUGUAUUUCGGAAACAGGAUAUACACCAACAACAACUGAGUAAAUAUAUACAUAUUUCUACAUAUUUUCCAAAACUCUGAAAAAAUAUUAAAUUAAAUUUGUAAUCAGUAAUUUUCUGUACUUCCAAAGCUUAAUGUUGAAAAACAUAGUCAGAUUUUUAUAUUCUGAUUUUAAUGUUGAAAUAGGUAAUUAAUAUUCAUCUUUUCAACCUGCAAUGUAGGAUUUUCAACAUUGAUUAGUUAUAGGGACAACUUUAGACUUCUGUUUAAUAGAAGUCUCAGGGUCAACAGUUCACUGAUUGUCAUGGUUGGUAUCUUCACAAAUAUACAGAUUUUUUUUAUAUUCUCAUUUGAUUGAUUUAAUACUUGAUUAUUGUUCUCUUUUUUUCACUUCUUGUUAUUUAGCACUAAUGAGUUUUAGGGUAAGCAGUAUUUGAUUGUCAUGAUCAUUUACCUCUUCCAUCAUUUUAUCAGAAUUAUUUUAUUUAACUUUUUAUUACUAAUUUCUAUAUCUAUAUGGUUUUGCUUCAUUAUGAUGCAUAGUUGUAUAAAGACAUGUAAAAAAAAGUAUUAACAAAAAUACGAACUCCAAAGUAUAUUGAUAAAGGUGGAAGUCCAUAAAACCUGACAAAAUCAAACACUCUGCUAUUUGAAAUAAGUGGAAAGCAACUGUCAUAUUCCUGACAUGGUACAGGCAUUAUCGAAGAAAAAUAUGGGUUAAACCUGGUUUUAUAGCUAGAUAAUGUUCAAAAUGUUUGUAAUAUUUGUAGCAUUAUACCAGAAAAAUCAAUAAAUUUCUUGAUUCAUGUCCCUUCAGCUCUGAUAUUACUACACAAUAACCCCUAUUGUUUUAAGAGCUUAUACUUACUAUAAAUGUUGAUGUCUAUUAAUCAAAUUUGAAUAAUUAUGCAUAUUGUUAAUUUAUUGUUAAUUUUUUGAUAAUUUUUACAAAUAUAUGAAUAGAUUUAAAUCAUA